AUGGCCAGUCUGCGGCGCCGCUGGCCAGUCAGACGUCCCACACCGUGCGGCACGCCGGCGGCAAAUGUGGGCUUUGGUCGUCUCCGGUCGCCGCCGCAGAUGCGUACUCUCGAAGCCGCAGCUCGGUGA